AUGAUAACAAACUUAUUUUCAGUAUUUGACCCAUCUACAUCUAUUUUAAAUUUAUCAUUAAACUGAUUAAGAACUUUUUUAGGUUUAUUUUUAAUCCCCGCGUCAUACUGAUUAAUACCUAAUCGAUUCCAAUUAAUUUGAAAUAAUAUUUUAUUAACAUUACACAAAGAAUUUAAAACUUUAUUAGGGCCAUCAGGACAUAAUGGAAGUACUCUAAUAUUUAUUUCAUUAUUUAGUUUAAUUAUAUUCAAUAAUUUUUUAGGAUUAUUUCCUUACAUUUUUACAAGUACAAGCCAUUUAACAUUAACUUUAAGCUUAGCCUUUCCUCUUUGACUAAGAUUUAUAUUAUACGGAUGAAUUAAUCACACACAACAUAUAUUUGCCCAUUUAGUGCCUCAAGGUACUCCUGCAGUAUUAAUACCUUUCAUGGUGUGCAUUGAAACAAUUAGUAACGUAAUUCGACCAGGAACCUUAGCUGUUCGAUUAACAGCUAAUAUAAUUGCUGGACACUUACUAUUAACUCUUUUAGGAAAUACAGGACCAGUUACAGCAAAUUAUAUUAUUUUAUCUAUUAUUUUAUCUACUCAAAUCGCCCUACUUGUUCUUGAAUCAGCAGUAGCAAUUAUUCAAUCAUAUGUAUUUGCAGUAUUAAGAACUCUUUAUUCUAGAGAAGUAAAUUAA